AUGGAGCGCUCGCCUUCACCCCCUCUUCCUCCGGACCCGACCACUAUGCGACCGAAAAGCCUACGACCUGCGCCAGAAAUCUUACCUCCACUGUCUUCGCCGGCUAUCCAACCGCAGUAUCAAGCAGUGCAACCGCCGGAGACUGCGCCGCGUGCCGAAGGAAGAAGUCGUGCUCGAGCUUCUUCUCGUGUCGCGCCCAUCUUACAUCAACCACAACCCGUUCGAGAUGCUGUUAACAGCGCUUUCGAUCAGUCGCCCGUACAGAAUCAACUGGACCCGGAGCUUGUGCGGCAGGUGACUGAGCAGGUGAUACGGAAUCUGCAGGCGACUACUGCAACUAGUCAGGCUCCACCAACACCUUCCUUACCGCCACAAGCUACACAGUCUACCAACGUACCACUACCACCACCACCAUCGCAACCAUACGCGCAGCCGUCGCCGAAGACCAGUAGUGAAAGUGCUGCCGAGUCGGUACCACCAAGGCGGUUGUAUACGCCUCCAACGCCAGACAAGUAUGCGCAACGAGAGGACGGGGCAUAUGGAGGGUCGCCCUCUCCAGAACGACAACCAUCAGACAAAGGAAGCAGGUAUAGCAAGGAGAGUCUGCGAAGCCGUGGAAGUGUGCGAAGCAGGCAGUCGUCGAGUGCGACGCCGGCGGAUAGUGCCUAUGGAGUGAGAAGGAGCAACACUACAGGUCAGAGGCGACGAGGAGAAGGCACCUCGGACGAAGAGCGAUCUUUCAGGAAGGACAGCACGUCAGAUGCUACCAAAACUGACGACUCUCGCUCGUAUAGAAGACGAAGUAGAGACUCAGACUCGGAACACCCGAACGUGUCAAGGAGCAGAGCCAGGCCACCUAGGAUUCCAUCCGAUGUUGCGGAGAUCACUACCCUCGAGAAGAUCUGGCGGCCACUGUUCGAGGACGGCAACCCUACACAACGUCUUGGUGAAUUGUUGCGCGGCUUGGCGCUACAUCUUGUCGAGGACUACGAACCUAAGAAUAGUCUGGUCGUCAGUCCGGCCAAGAUGUUACGUUUCUUCAACGAAGUACGUGUCGCCGAUGAGCUCUACCCAUGGGACACGAUCUUUGGUGGCAAGAUCACGAAUCAGUCGCUUUCGCUCAUGUAUCGGAAUCUGGCCUGCCAACACCAUCUCGUCCAGAGCGGACAUCGUGAGGUGCCGAGUCUACCUGCUCUCACACCGCAUGGAUUUGAGACGUUCAUGACUAUAUUGAUACAGGCACACCCGGACAACGAAUUCGAGAGGCUAGCAGCUGCUGUCAUGGGUAUGCCGAUCUCAAAUGCUGAUGACAGAAAGGAGCGCUUUCCAAAGGAGCUGUCGAGGAGACUACUGCCUUUGCAGCCAAACAUUCAGGCCGAGCAGAGGAUUGUCGCAAGCUUGAAUCAUGAGCCGCUAGUGCAAUUACGUGGUGCUGCCAACAUGCCGCCACCGCCUCCGCAAGCAUCUGCGCCACGGCAACAAACAAGCUUUCCCGAGCGCGAGAGGCAGCCGUACUCAGCCACACCAUACGCCAACGCCAUUGACGACGAGGAUUUGGAGAUGCCGCCUUCGAUGCCGAUAGAACGUGAAAGGAAGCCAUAUACCGCUAAGGAAGGAGCUGGUAAGACUUAUGGCAACGAGAACGAACGUCCACGGGAUAGCAGACCAGCGACGAAUUACAAGGAUGCGCCACCGAAUGUGCGCUCUUCUCGCUCAAAUACUGGGGUCCCAACCCAAAAAUCUUUCAACAACAUCAGCGAGCCUGUGCCAAUACCCUCAAGGAGCCAUCGCCCAUCCCAAGGCCAAGGUCCACCACCAUCAAUGUUCAACAACAUGAACAGUAACAUCAACGGCAGCAUGCCGAAAGGCCGCCGCACCCCACCACCCAAAGGCCGACGCACACCUCCACCCAAGGACCCAUAUGCGCGCAGUGAACCAAUCGAUCUAAGUCAAAUCCCCGCAUCUCAAUACGCCUCGAACCUCCACUCCGGCGGCGCUUUCAGUACCCGCGAUCCCUUCGCCAACGACAACAACAACAACAACUUCAGCGAGGAUCCGUACGGUGGAAGAAAACACUACCGUCGUCGAUCCGUUGAUCGUGAUCGUCCGGCCAUGAAACCCAAUAACAACAAUAACAAUGACGACGAUAGUGCGAAUGGACGCGGCUACCCGAUCCCGCCUCGUCCGCCACCUAGCGCGCAGGGUUUCAAUGCCGAGGCGGGAUAUACGUCUGCCAAUGCGUUCCCGCCUGUGGGCAGUUAUCCCCGGACUUCGGGGUUCGAUGCGAGGAGGUCGACUUGGUAUGGUGGGAAUGGGAAUGGGAAUGUUGGUGGGGGAGGGGGGUCGAAUGCGGGGGUUGGUGGGGGUAGUGAUGGUAAUGGUGGUGUUGGUGGUGGGUAUGGGCAGCAGCAACAGCAACAGCAGCAGGGUCAGCAGUCGGGGAUGUAUGGUUCUUCGGCUCAGCAUUAG